GUGACGGGCUGGGCUGUAUGUGUGUACGCGGGCCAGUGGAGAGCGCCGUCAGCACACGGCAGCCUACAGCAGCACAGACGAGACACUCACUCUCACUCAACUCUCACUCUCUGAGAGCCACAGUGGCUGCAUCCAUCAUCCCCUUGAGCGCUGACAGAGUCCGCAUACCAUCACACAUACACACACACACCGCUGCACCCUUAUACACUUCACACAAGCAAACCAAAAAAAAAACUCCGCAAAUCAAAAACAAAACGUUCAACAGCCCUCAGAAAUUCUGCUGCUUUUAUUUUAAAACGGCCGCAAGGAAUGUGUUGGUGCUCAUUCUGAAUCCGCAAUAAGCAAACUUUUUUUUUCUUUUUUUUGAAAAAAAUACAAAACAAACGCCUCACAAGAGAGAGGGGGGGGAAGAGCAACAUUCUUCCUGGAGACACCCGAGGCUGACAAUGUAAAGGCAAGAGGAUUUUCUCCCGCUGCUUGGAAGGAGGAGGACAAGUGACAGACCGCUCCGGGAGACGCUGCAACGACAAUCUCCCGGAUCUCCUUUAUUAUUUUUACAUAUAUAUAUAUAUAUAUAAAUUUCAUUGAUUUGUUUGCCCGGGAAACGGAAAGUUCUUCAUGGCUCUGAUCAUGGAACCUGUCAGCAAGUGGAGCCCGAGUCAAGUGGUGGACUGGAUGAAAGGCCUUGAUGACUGCCUGCAACAGUACAUUAAGAACUUUGAGAGGGAAAAAGUCAGUGGAGAUCAACUUCUGCGAAUCACUCAUCAGGAACUGGAGGAGCUUGGGGUCACUCGUAUUGGCCAUCAGGAACUGAUCUUGGAGGCAGUGGACCUGCUGUGUGCUUUGAACUAUGGACUUGAAACUGAGAACCUCAAAACGCUAUCGCACAAACUGAACGCCUCUGCUAAAAAUCUUCAGAACUUCAUAACCGGCCGGAGGAGGAGUGGGCACUAUGAUGGAAGGACUUCAAGAAGAUUGCCAAAUGAUUUCCUGACGUCAGUGGUGGAUCUCAUAGGGGCUGCUAAAAGCCUCCUGGCAUGGCUGGACAGAUCUCCAUUUGCUGCUGUGACAGACUAUUCUGUUACUAGAAACAACGUAAUUCAACUCUGUCUGGAACUCACCACUAUUGUACAACAAGACUGUACCGUCUAUGAAACUGAAAACAAGAUUCUUCAUGUGUGUAAAACACUCUCAGGUGUUUGUGACCACAUUAUCUCUCUAUCUUCUGAUCCGCUGGUUUCACAAUCUGCUCACUUGGAGGUGGUUCAGCUGACAAACAUCAAACCCAGUGAAGGAUUGGGAAUGUAUAUCAAAUCAACAUAUGAUGGUCUACAUGUAAUAACUGGAACAACUGAGAAUUCUCCUGCAGAUCGGUGCAAGAAAAUCCACGCUGGGGAUGAAGUGAUUCAGGUCAAUCAUCAAACUGUGGUAGGAUGGCAGCUGAAAAACCUGGUAAAUGCACUUCGGGAAGAUCCCAGUGGGGUCAUCUUAACCUUAAAGAAACGUCCUCAGAGCAUGCUCACAUCUGCACCUGCAUUGCUUAAGAACAUGAGAUGGAAACCUCUUGCACUGCAGCCAAUUAUCCCAAAAAGUCCAACUGGUAGUGUUGCCACGCCAACCGGUACUCUCUGUACACCUACAAAACGAGAUAGUUCUGCACUUCAGGAUCUUUUCAUCCCCCCUCCUCCAUCAGAGCCAUACACUCCCAGAAGGCUGGGAGGUUCCAGUAUCUCUAGAAUUAACAGUGAUCCUUAUCCAUGCACAGUAGAACUGGUAACUCUAGACUCUGGUACUUGCAGCCUAUUGAUAAAUGUUGUUGGGGAUGAAAAAGGGAACCUGCCCAUUGAGGAUUCCAGCAGACAUGCUUUAGGCAAACCAGUGCACAAAGGAUCCGAAUCUCCCAAUUCUUUCCUGGAUCAGGAAUAUCGAAAACGCUUCACCGUGAUUGAAGGGGAGGCAAUGAUUGUCAGCUAUGAUUACGACACCAGCAGGUCAAGUGUGCCAGGCAGAAGAGAAAAUACUCUGACUUAUGGUAAACUAAGGCCUAUAUCCAUGCCAGUGGAAUACAACUGGGCAGGAGAGCAUGAAGAUUUAAAUAGACCGAAAAGAGAUGGAAGAAGAGAAAGCUCACUGAUGAGAUACAUGAGUGACGAUAAGAUCCCUAUCAUUCAAGAGGAGUAUUUAUCUAAAAGAGACACAGGCAAGCGAUCCAGAAAGAAGAGUGACAAAUUAAGCAGUCCCAACCAUCCCAUCAGUCAUUAUGCACUGCCAACACCAGUACAUCUAGACACCGUUCGACAGGAAUCUCUGAGUACACCUCUGCCAGAAAACAACACCAUCACGCUAUAUCAUACGUUCCAGCAGUCCUUGGGGCAGAAAUCCAAAAAAAGAAACAAAGACAGAUAUGGGCCGGGAUUUUUAAAUGGGUCUGGAAGAGUCCGGAGGGCAGAUCGGGGUCAGACUGGCCGCCCACAAGGUGCUGUGACAGCAAUGAGCAGGAGAAGAAUUUCUUGUAAGGACCUUGGUCGUGGAGACUGUGAAGGCUGGUUAUGGAAGAAAAAGGAUGCCAAGAGCUACUUUUCACAAAAAUGGAAGAAGUAUUGGGUUGUACUGAAGGAUGUUUCUCUGUACUGGUACAUGAAUGAAGAAGAUGAGAAGGCUGAAGGAUUUAUCUGCCUUUCUGAGUUCAAAAUUGAUCGAGCAAGUGAAUGUCGGAAAAAGUAUGCAUUCAAAGCAUGUCAUCCUAAGAUUAAAAGCUUCUACUUUGCAGCAGAUAAUAUGGAUGAUAUGAACAGGUGGCUGAGCAGGCUUGGCUUAGCAACAGUGGGAUAUGCAGAAAAGGAGCAACGACUCAAACAAGACCAAGAUUAUUGGAGUGAAAGUGAUCAAGAGGAUGCAGAUACCCCAUCAACCCCCAAGCAAGAGAGUCCACCACCUCCUUAUGAUACCUACCCCCGAGCACCUGCAGUGAACUGUGCUAGUCCAUACCUCGAACCUAAGCAUAAUAGACUGUCGUCUACGGAAACCUCUCAUUCUCAUUCAUCCCAUGAAGAAUUCCGACCAGAACCUGCAGGAGGUACUGAGUCCCCCCUUCGUAAACCAGGGGCUUGGGAACGGCGUUCAUGGCAGGAUCUAAUAGAAACUCCACUGACCAGUUCAGGGCUGCACUAUCUCCAGACUCUUCCUCUUGAGGAUUCUGUGUUUUGUGAAGCAGGCUUACCAACACCAGAACAUCGGAGGCAGUCAACUUUGCCAGCUCAAAGGUGCCAGAUCCAGGAUCACUAUGGACCCUUCCCAUUGGCUGAGGGAGAACGAUGGCCUGGAAUAAGUGGUGGUGGGGGUAAACCACGCAGUUUCACUCUACCUCGAGAUGGUGGAUUCAGUCAUCCCUGUCAAAACUCCACAAUCUGUGUCCCCGGAGUUCAGCCCGAAUUGGCUCAGAAACAAGAAAUCACGGAAGAAAAGCAAGAGGAAAAUGAACCCACACCAGAGAAAACAGGGGACUCUUUGCAGGAUUUGUACAAGGCAUUGGAGAACGCCAGUGUGUCUCCACUAGGAGAGCAUCGAAUUUCCACCAAACAGGAAUUCAAGAAGUCCUUUGUAAAGAGAUGCGACAAUCCAGUUAUCAAUGAAAAAUUGCACAAGCUUAGAAUUCUAAAGAGCACAAUUAAGGCAAAAGAAGGAGAAGUAGCGAUUAUAGACAAGAUACUAGACAAUCCCAGCUUGACAUCCAAAGAGUUUCAGGGAUGGAAACAAACCUAUGUAGAGCUUUUCGUGGAGAUCUGUCAGAACAAUGCAGCCACAGAACCAGUGAACGCGGCAACUGAACAAGCUGCAUCUACACCUACACCACCUCUGAUGCACACCCAUUCAUACAUUGAAACCCAUGUAUGAACACUUUCUCAGCCAGCCUUGUAUUAAAUAUAAUUUUUUUUGACUGCUUACUUUAUACUGGUGAGUCAUGAUGUAAGUAUUUUCUUAGUACAGAGACUCAAAUUUAAUUCGGAUGUAUGUUGGCUUUGCAUUAGAUUCUGAACACAAAUGGGGAGGUGCUGUAAUUUGUUUGAAGGGACACUGUAUCUUUGUAAGAUUCUUGGGCAAGCUUUGCCCCCCCUUAUAAAUAGAUGUCUUGAUGAUGCCACUUGGGUCAUGAUAACAUCGUUCUGUGGCUUACAUGUGAUGUUAUUGUGAUGUGCCAAUGAUAAAAAUGACAUUGAGUUAUUUUCCCUACCCAGAAUGGCAGUCGUGCCCUUGCAAGUCAACUAAUAGUUAGCAUGAAAAGAGCCUUUGAAGAAUUUGUGUUCAUAGGUUUUAUAUUGUUUUACCUUUUUUUUUCUGCACACACAUUGCACAUGAUUCUCUGAACACAGAUGUGGCAGGUUCUGAGGAAUGGCCUGAAAAUGGAUCUGCAUUGUAAUUUCAAGUCCCUCUCUAGCUUAUAUAAGUUGGAUGAGUGGAAUAUCCCUCUCUUUCUUUCCUCCUCCUCCUCUGAAAACUGCCACAUUACAGUGCAGUGCUUUGGUACAGCCAUAGUUUCCAUCCCCAGAACCCAGUAAGACCAAUUUUAGUGACUCUGCCUGGUGGAAUGAGACAUCACAAGUAAAAUCACCGUGCUGCUAAUGCCAUCACCAGCUGCCAGUUUCCUUUUUCCCAGAGCUCUCCCCUCUGCAGCAUGACAGGACCCUGUGGUAGAAUGUAAAUGGAGAUUCUAUGAUGUGCAUGACUGCAAUUACAAGAUCAAAUUGGACAGAUUGUGCCAGGCACCUUUUUGUACUGGGAGAUAUGCAGUCAAAGCAGUAAAUAAGAAAGCACUCUCAAGACAUGGCCUUCAGUGUUGGGCCAACAGGACCACAGCAAUCCUUCUGAACCAGCAAGAAAAACAGGUUGGUUUUUGCACCUUUCAAGCAUCGCCUGACAGUUCCCAGAAACCCCUGCUCCUCCCACGUCCAGACUCUCGUGAUCAAUGAUAUUCUAUUAUCUGAAUAUCAUCAAAAUGCAUCAGUGUACCUGCAGCUCACUGGCAGAAUGUAUAUCAGGCCUCUGAACGGCUUGAGCCUCACACCCAGUAGGAAUAGCCAGUACACUUCAUUCACAGCCUGCCCACAAUUGCCUAUCUGCACUCUUUCAGUUGCCCAUCCAAACUUCACUCACUGCUUGCCUGUGCUGCAUCCCUCUGAAUUCUAGAGCUCUGCCUGCAGCACCCACUUGCAUCUUGCCCUCUGCCAGCUGGCCCCCUAACCUGUGCCCCUUGCUCACCUGCCCAAUCUCCACCCACGCCAUGUCCAUGAUGCAUCUGAUGUCAAAGUCAGCCUUAAUAUAUUUGUAUUAAUGAUGUUUCAGUCAGCCCCUGGAAAGGAUAAGCUUUAGAUCAAACAGUCAUCAAGACUGCAAUCAGAUCAGCAAUAAAUCACGAUUGCAUUAUGCGAAUGUGUGACUUAUAUAUAAUUAAGAAAUCUUCAGUUUUUACAACUGAAUAAUUUGCCAUAAUUUAAAGUAAAUUUGUAAAAUUAGCUUUUGGCCCUCCUGUAAAAAAUAUUCGAAGUAUGUCUGACUGUAUGUUUUUGGUUUAUUUUUGUUCUUCAUGCACCUGCAUUCUUUCUGAGCAUGGUGCAACAAAAUUGUCUCACCAAUUAAACCACCAUCCAUCCCUUGGUUCUUUGAAAAAGGCAUCUAUUUAAUGGAGACAUGCAUAAAAUAGUCUAUUAUGCACAACUAGUUCAGGAACCCUCAAACUCCCCCCAUACAUUUUGUGCACAGUGGAAUUUAGAAUUGAUCUAAUAAUUGAAACUUUAGCACCACAGUACAAGAAUGGCUCAGCAUCUUAAAAUGUACAGUGUAGCAAUGCACAGUGGUCAUUUCUCCAUUUCACUGAGCUCCUGUCUCACCUACAGUAUUAUGUGGAAAUAUCGCAUAGAAGAGAGUUGUAACCAGUUGUUAUUGUGUUCAAAGUGGUGACCAGCUAAAGAAUGGCUGAGAACAGUGAGUAAAUCAAUAGGCUUGAAAGCAAUGCAAAUGGUAGAAAGCCAGAAGGGUGUUCAAAUCUCAGAGACAGUUUGUCCUCCAUGCAGUACUUUACAUUUAUGUCUAAAAUUAUAGUGUUCUUAAAUGUUUUGGCAGGUUAAGCAAAAUUCUCUCAUGUCAACUUUGGUAUAUGAAUGGUUUCAUUGUGGUGUAUUUGUUAGCUGUCAAAUGAAGACACAUGCAUUUUACAAGCAGAAGGGUCCCAAUAACCUCUCACUUUAUUUGGAUAGUCUGUACUUCAGCAAGGUUCAUUUGUUUGCAGAACUAUUGUAAUUAUGACAUCCCUUUUCAAAGCAGGGUACUUACCUUCUGCCAUACUGGAUUACAAAAUUAUUACUUUUGCAUUGCACCAUAUAUUUACUAUUCCUCCAUAAGAUUGCCCCACUCAAAAAUUGCUGUUAAUUUAACCAAUGAAUAACAUUUCUUGUUUGAAUUGAACAUAUCGACUUGAAAUCGGAUACAGAAUAGAUAAAGUAGCCAUUUGUGUUACAUGAAACAUCCUAUCAUCCAAUGGCAAAUAAUAAUCAACAUUACCUAAGUCAUGUCUGAUGAUGAUAUGGGACAAUCAGUAGCCCAACACGUUUGAAGAGUGUACGGUGAACAUUUCUCAGCAGCCUGGAGGACAAUUUUUUGAUUGGCCAAUGCGUGCUAUUUCAGAUUGUGAAAGGUUUGGACUUGCAUGCCAGUUGUAACCAUUUAAAAUAUUGUUCCCAGUCUUUGGGUGCUACAUGCACCCUUAGAACUCCCCCAUGGCAUCUGUGGCAGAUAUGCGUUGUCUAGGCAUUGGCAAGCAUGCAGUGAACAUCUCCUGGGAGUAUACACCCACCACCACCAAAACCAUUGCACUACUUAAAGAAAUCAUUAGCUUCCUUUAGGGUAACUAUAGUUGAUUUCUUUCUGCCUAUUGCUACCAUACUACAAGUGUUUAAUGCUUUCCAUAGCUGUUUCAUGUUGCACAAAUUUACAGGGAAGUACUGAGGGAAUUUUUGUAGACUUCAAAGAUUCUGUAGAAACCAGAGUCUCCCAGACAAUAGUUGACAAUAGCAAUAAUAGACAGUCCCUUUGGAAUGCAUCACAUUGAGGCAGAACAGCAACCACAUGGAGUUUUAGGAAUCUUCCUUCAUUGGCUGUUUCUUUGGUCACCUCUUAUAAUUUAUGGACAGUGUGGUAUCCAAUGCUUCUCUGUAUCAUAUCUUGGAACAUUUACGCAGGGUUAGAAAGCCCGAAGAGUUUUUACCAAGGUAUCUGGGGUCCACCUACAUUAUCCCAAUGUGAGGCUUAGGUGGUUCCCAGAUCCACCAGGUCAGCCAUGAAUCAUUUUACGAGACAUGUUUACACUGAUUGUUUCAGGAUUCAAGAGUCUAGGAAACAAGAUGUCCAUCCUACCUCCACUCCAUAAUAAUGUUCAUGUAAUGUACAAACUCUGUGUCCAGAAGAUGAACUCCAAAAUAUAGGUACAAGACUGGCAUCCAGGAUAUCCUGAUAUAGAUUUAACAUUUCUAACAGACUUCCAAUGAGGCACAGACGUCAAAUGAGUAUGACGGUGGACUUUCGAACCAAGUUGAAAAAUGUAUUAGUAAAUCAAAGAAUCCCUACAGUGUGGAAGCAGGCCUUUUGGCUCAUCUAGUUCACACUGACUCUCUGAAGAGCAUCCC